AUGUUCUCCCUGAUGCUGAAUGGUUCUAUGCAUGGCUUAUUUAAAUCCCAGAGAGGUUUGAGGCAAGGAGACCCUAUCUCUCCUUUGUUGUUUGUCAUCUGCAUGGAAUAUCUGUCUAGAAUCCUGAAUAGAGUGAGUGCUAUGCCUCAGUUUCAGUUUCACCCAAGAUGUAAGGGGAUUGGUCUUACCCAUUUAUGUUUUGCUGAUGAUCUGAUCAUCUGUAGCAGGGGUGAUUAUCAUUCUAUCUAUCUACUGCUUCAAGCUUUCAAACUGUUUUCUUAUUCAUCUGGUUUAAAGGCAAAUCAACAAAAAUCCUCUAUCUAUUGUCAUGGUAUGCAGGAAGCUGAUAUUCAGAGGGUAGUGGAUGUUUCUGGAUUUUCUAGAAGUAUUCUGCCUUUUAGAUACUUGGGAGUUCCUAUCUGUUCUAAGAAGAUUUCUGUGGCUCAGUGUGCUCAUCUGGUGGACAAAAUGAUAACCAAAAUCAAAGUUUGGAGUUCUAGGAACUUAUCCUACACAACAAGAAUGCAACUUGUUAAUUCAGUGUUGUUAAGUUUGCAUAUGUAUUGGGCUCAGAUUUAUGUGCUUCUAAAAAGUGUUCUACAGGAUAUAGUGAAGAUAUGCAGAGCUUUCCUAUGGAGUGGUCAUGCUUUCAGUCAUAAACCAAGCAAAAUAGCUUGGGAUAAGGUCUGUAAUGACAAGCAAAAUGGAGGUCUGGGUUUUAGAGAUGUUCAGAUAUGGAAUACUGCCUUUAUGGGAAAAUAUGUAUGGGCUUUAGUCAAGAAGCAGGAUAAUGUCUGGAUCAGGUGGAUCAACUCAGUUUACUUAAAGGAUGGGGAUUGGUGGGAGUAUCAGGCUGGCUCUUUUGCUAAGUUUGAGAACAUGCCUCAGUAUUCAGUAAAACAAGUGUAUGAGAAAUUAGUUGGGAAUAAGCCAAGGGUGCAUUGGGAUAAAAUGGUGUGGAAUAGACUGAAUGUUCCUAAGCAUAGAUUCAUUUGUUGGUUAGCUGUUCGAUCCAGACUUCAGACUACAGACAAUCUAGCAAAGAUAGGCAUUAGUCAAUCGGCUAAAUGCUUGAUUUGUGGGCUGGAUGAUGAGACUCAUCAGCACUUAUUCUUUCAGUGCCAGUAUAGUAGGCAAAUUAUUAUAGCAGUUCAUCAAUGGGUUGGAUUCUCUAUCAAUGGCAAUUUGGUUCAGUUACUUAGGAAAGCUGGACAAAGUAGAGCUUCUAGGUUCAGGAAGCAAGUAUAUUUUGCAGCUAUUGGUGCUGCUGUCUAUCUGAUCUGGAAAUGUAGAAACACUAGUUUUUGGGAUAGUACCCUUCCCACUGUCAGUCAUAGUGUGAAGACUUUGAAGCAGAUGGUAAAGAGCAGAAUUCAAGUAGUUUUUCCAAAACAUGUAAGCAAGAGGGAUAGUGACUGGUUUACAACUUUGUAA